AUAGCCACCGUGCACACAGCAGCUAGGCGUCCCUCGUUAGUCCCCGGCUGGCCGAAGGGAAGAGGCAACAUCAUGAGCCAUGUGGUGACUAUUGAGGAGCCCCAGGCCAACCCGCAGGUGUCUCAGACCCGGUGCGGGGUGAGGUCGGGGGCCUGGGGCAACGUCUCCUCCAAUCGACAGUAUGAUUUUCUGUACGAUCCAUUGUUUAUUGUGUCAAGUGAGAAAGACCACACGCAGGCAAAUAUCCAAGCUAACCUGAUUCAAAACAGACUGAGAAAAGUUCCCCGGUUUAGAAGCAUGUUCAGUAGCUUGAUCCAUUAUCCAAGAUAUUCUCUGUAUCGGAGCAGGGCAGACCCUGUCCCACCAUUCAUGCGCCAGGAGUGGAAAGGACAGGAGGGGAAACGCAGGGAAGCCCGCGGGCGGUUUGCCAUAACUGAUAAGUCUUUUCAGAUGACUAAAGAGGCUUAUGAAGAUCCUGAAAUUACUGGAAGGAAUCGCUAUAAAUAUUUUGAAAGGCCUUUCCUUCCAUUUCAUCAACAGAUGCCAUUCAGUGUUGUUUUUGCAGCAACCAAGACAGAGGCAUAUAUUUUCCCUCCUACUUCUGCUAAGUACCCUUCCGUACCUUCAAAGUACACUGUGGGUACUCAGACUGAUUAUCGGGAUGCUGAAGUUCAAACUAAUCCAUAUUCUCCAGAAUAUGUAGUAUGUCAGGAUUCAAUCCCUGAGCUCUUGACCCUGGCUACUCUUACUUGGGGUCGAGGGCUCCCGGCAGGACAAGCUGAGGUUGAGAUGAUAGAACGUGCCCGGGAGAAGCGUGCUUGGGAAGCCACUCUCCCCUGUCUGGGGGACACCUCCCAGUUUGAGAAGAGGAGGAGGAUGAUGAAUGCGAUGGAGAGGAAGGAGUGGGCCUUCAGAGAGCAGGAGAUUGAAAGACUGCAGGAGAUUCGCCUGGAAAUUCUAAAAAAGCUGCUGAGAAAGCGCGAUGAGAAUCAAAACGAAGUGAACAUGAAGCACCUGAAUGCCCGAUGGUGUCAAUUACAGGAAGCAAAGGAGGCAAAAUUGGCACGGAUUCAGCACACACACGUAUCAGCAAUCAGAAAACUUGUGGGAAAGGGAAAGAAUAUAGAAGGGAAGUUGGAGAGAAGGAAUAUCAUCAGGGAUUAUUGUGAUUAUGCAUCACAGGUCUAUGGACCUCUGUCUCGUCUUGGUCGUUUCCCUGACAACAAUUCAGAGGACUUUGUGGUAAAAAACCACUAUCUCAACACCUAUGAAGGAUUAGUUGAACUUGAGUCAUGUCUCCCAGAUUUUGUGACACAACCCCGAAUCAGACCUCCAAAGCCAAAAGUCGCUACCACGAAAGCUGGUUUUCUCAAGAGGGCAGCAAGGAUGGACCAUGAGUUGGCAGAGGUUCAUAAGGCAAUAUUGGAUAAGAAGAAUAGAGUUCUUGAACCAAAGAAAGUUCUGCGCUUUCUUCAAAGAAAGGCUCUACCUCAACCUCGGCUUCCAACUCCAACCUUGGAAAUGAGUUCCAAUGAAGAAGAAGAUACAGAGAUGGCUGUGAUCUACCUUCAAAAGUUACUCCGGGGAAGAGUCGUUCAGAACACGAUGUUUGAAGGGAAGGAGAAGCGACUGGAGUUGAUCCAGGAGCUGCGCACCAGCCACGCACUGCAAGAGGACGACAGGCUGCUGAAGAAAGCCGAGAAGCAAGUGACUCUGGCCUUACAGCGGCAGAGGAACUUGCACGAGCACAAGGUCUCACUGGUUGAAAACCAUUUGGCUGGACUGGAAGGAAGGGCGCUGGCGGACAUGUUUGACUUCCUGUCCAAAGAGCUGGUGAGACUGCAGGAAGAGAGGAGGAUCCAUGCUUUUGCCAUGCUGGCCGAGCGGCAGCGGAGGAUGCGAGAAGCUGAAGAGAGUGGUCGGCGCCAAGUCGAGCAAAGGCGGCUGCGGGAGGAGGACCAGAUAUUUAAGGAGGUGAUUAAAGUUCACCAAAGUACUGUAACUUCCUAUCUGGAAGACAUAAUACUGAAUACCGAAGAGAGCACGGCAGAAGAACAAGCCAGGGCAGAAAUUGAGAAGAUGGCUGAGGAAAUCAAUGACAUUGCUUAUGAAAUGGAGAGCCGUCGAACUCAGCUUCAGUCAGAGGAGAUUGUUGCUGAGUUGGUUUAUAGUUUCCUGAUCCCAGAGGUACAAAAGGACUUUGUCAAAGAAAAAGUGAGAAACGCCCAGCGGAAGCAUAUCCUUGCAGCCCAUCAGAUCAUCCACAGCCACACAGAAGACAUGGUCAAUAAGAAUUUUGUGGCGCAACAGCAAGAUGAGGAGGUCUCGGACACUGACAAGUCACCUGAGAAAAAAACUCAAAAAUAAGAAUCGCAGCUAAGGUUAUCUUUUUUAAAAAGAAGCUGUACAAAUCAUCAUAUGGAAUUCCAAUAAUCUAUGCUUCUCCCAAGAUGUGCAACUCUUAUGGACUUGUCAAUGUGUAAUUCAUGAGGAAAGAUCUUUCUUCUCCAUAAACUUCCAAUAAUUUAAAAUUAUUUUCAGUAAUAAUAAUCAAA